AAAUAAUAUAUAUAUUCUUUAAAUCUCUUGGUUUUUCAUACCUGAUGGACCUUCACGCUCCCCCGGUGUGUCACUUUAACUUAAUCCCCUAGAGGAAGUGGGGGAGCUGUAUGUGUUGAGUGAAAAUGUAGAGUUUGAUGGAUGAGCUUUUCCAGAAUAAAGAUUGGGAAACCGGAAUUUCAAGUUCACAGAAAAAGCUUUACCUAUAGAGUAAUAGAAUACACACUGGAUACAAUGAGAAGAGCUGCUCUUAGCAGCCGUUAACUUAUUUGAAAUCUGAUAUUUAGCUUUUUUUUUUUUGACAGUUAUGCCCAAAAAAAUAAACACGUUGCACCAACUUUAAAGUGAAAAUGUCCCAUUUUAGUAUUUAAAUGUUGAAAAGUGUUUUAUUUAUUGCUCCUAAAAUAAAGAGUUUAUUUUCUUAAGUAAACCUGUCAGAUUGAAGUUAAUUAGAAUUUAAAUUGUAUCCAUGUAAUGAGACAAAAUCAACGUUUUUUUUAAUCAUCAAAACAGCAAAUUGUUAUUUCAAUAGAAAAACAUAAAUAGUUGUGCUUUGAAGGAUGUAUGGAUCCAAUCAAAAUCUUUCAAAUGUUCAAAUUAAAGCAGAUUGAGUCUCAGCAACCCCUUACUCAUAUUAGGACCAGUUUCUUGGCACAUGAGCCGGAGUUUUUCUGUUGUUUGGAUUGUUUGUUCCUAUUUGAUCCAAGAUUACAUGGUUUAAUACUUAAACUGCUUUUUUCUAAUUGACCCCAGAAGAAAGCAAAUAAUUAAAAAUUUUACACCACAAACAACAGAGUUUUAAACUGUUUUUAGCCGUCUAAUCCGCAGUUAAACCCGUUCAUAGCUCUGAAAAAAAAAAAGAAAUAUCAAGUCAGAAGGUCACCCUUCACAAAUAUUCGUACAAAGACUGUGGCAGAGGGAACAUUUUCAAGUCCCAGCAGGCUGAAACACCUUUACCUUUACUUUGGGAGGAGUCAGACACUUCUUACAACAACUUCAUUCAGAUGCUCAAGAUAAUUCCACUACAUGAAAGGAGAUCUGCGACGCUCACCAACCAGAGGGAAAGAUGCACUGCUACGAGAACACGGUCAGUUAUCUGAGCUACGGCUUCAUCCUGACAGGCCUGGUCCACCUGGUGCUUCACAGGAAGGCUCAGAGCUCCUACGGGCGACACAUGGUCCCCUCAUGCCCAGUUAGAAAAGUACCUGCAAGACCCGCCUGGUUCCUCCAGGAGAUGCCUGCCCUCCUGAUCCCUCUGCUCCUGAUGUUCCUGAUGCAGGAAUCCUCCGCUGUGGGGAAACACUUACUGCUGAAGACCUUUUGCCUGCACUACUUUCAGAGGACGUUUGUCUAUGCAUUACUGACAAGAGGACAACCUCUGCCCCUGAGCGUGAUGAUGGCAGCAGCGCUCUUCUGCUCCAUAAAUGGCUUCCUGCAGGCCCACUACCUGCUGCAUUGCACCCACUUAGAAGAUGAAUGGCUCUCAGGUUAUUCUUGUAAAAUUGGUUUGUUGAUGUUUUACACUGGAAUGGCCAUCAAUAUACACAGUGAUCACAUCCUGCGCAACCUGAGGAAACCCAACGAGGUGGUUUACAAGAUUCCUGCAGGAGGACUUUUUGAAUAUGUGUCUGGUGCCAACUACCUUGGUGAGAUUGUGGAGUGGUUUGGCUACGCUGUAGCGACCUGGUCCCUUCCAACACUUUCAUUCGCCGUGUUUUCUCUCUGCUUCAUCGGUCCGAGAGCUCAUUACCAUCACAGGUUUUAUCAGGAAAAGUUUAAGGAGUACCCCAAGUCUCGAAAGGCUUUGAUCCCAUUCCUCUUUUGAGAGAAAAGACACACUUUCCUUUCAACUGUUGAUGCACGCAGAAGUCAACUCAACAUGAGAUGAGCUCUCCUGU